AUGGCAGCUUCUUCUUCUUCUUCUCUCUCCCAAAGGAAGUAUGAUGUUUUCAUUAGUUUUAGAGGGAGUGAUACUCGUGACAACAUUACCAGUCAUAUAUAUGCUGCUUUGUGUAGUGCAAGAAUCCAAACUUUCAUUGAUAAUGAGCUCAGGAGAGGAGAUGAUAUUUCAGAUGCUCUUCUUAGGACGAUUGAGGAAUCAAAAAUUUCCUUAAUCAUUUUCUCUGAGAACUAUGCUUCUUCAAGAUGGUGCUUAGAUGAACUCGUGAGAAUCAUGGAGUGUAACAAAGAAAAUGGACAAAUUGUUAUACCAAUCUUCUACAAAGUGGAUCCAUCACAUGUAAGAAAACAAUCAGGCCCUUUUGGACAAGCUUUAGCACGGUAUGAAGGUCAUCCAAAGAUGCAAACAUGGAGGCAUGCUUUCACAAAAGCUGCUAAUUUAUCUGGAUGGGAUUCACAGGUCACAAGUCCUGAGGCUACGCUUAUUAAAAGUAUUGUGAAAGAUAUUUUGGGCAAGCUUUACUACGCUUCCUCAAACAAUUUUGAUAAUCUUGUUGGAAUGAGUUCUCACUUUAAGCAAAUUGAAUCAUUACUGAGCAUGAUUAAUGAAGAUGUUCGCAUUAUAGGACUUUGGGGGAUGGGAGGUAUAGGUAAGACAACCCUAGCUAGAGCUUUCUUUAAUCAUAAUUUUUCAAAAUUUGAAGGGCAUUGUAUUCUUGAAAAUAUCAAACAAACAUGUGAGAAGUGUGGACUAAAUGAGGUACGAGAUAAACUUGUUACUGGAUUAUUGAGAGAUGUGAACUUAAAUAUAGGCACUCCUAAUAUGGGAAUUCCGUUUAUAAGGGAUAGGCUCCAUCGUAAAAAGGUUAUUAUUGUUUUGGAUGAUGUAGAUGAUUUUCAGCAUAUAGAACUUUUAGUUGAACAACGCGAUUGCCUUGGUCCAGGAAGUAUUGUCCUCAUAACAAGUAGGGACAAACAAGUGUUUAAGAAUGGAGUUGAUAGGAUCUAUGAUGUUCCAAGGUUGGAUUACAAUGAAAGUCUCCGUCUAUUUAGCCGAUACGCUUUCAAACAAGAGCAUCCACAAGAAUUUCAUCACAUGAAAUUGUCAGACAAGGCAAUAAAUUAUGCAAAAGGUCAUCCAUUGGCUCUUAAAAUCUUGGGUUCCCAUCUACGUGGAAGGAGCAAGCAAGAACAGGAAAGUGCAUUGAGAAAAUUAGAGAGAACCCCAAAUAUGGCUGUGCAGCAAGUGUUGCUCAUAAGUUAUGCUGGAUUGGACCACCAAGAAAAGAAUUUGUUUCUUAAUAUUGCUUGUCUCUUUAAAGGAGUGAGUGGUAAUGAAGUCAAAUGCUUCCAUGAUGCUUGUUAUUAUUCAACGGAUAUUGGACUUGCUGUGCAUAUUGACAAAUCUCUUAUAACUAUUCGAACGGAUGGAGUAUGGAUGCAUGAAUUGCUACAAGAAAUGGGUCGACAAAUUGUCCGCGACGAAUCCGUUGAAGAGCCAGGGGAAUACAGCAGGCUAUGGGAUUAUGACGACAUCAGUCAUGUAUUAACAAAUAACAUGGUAAGAGCCUAAUGCAGUAACUUUUGUAUUUCAAAUGUAACCUCACGUGUAGAAAACGUUGUCAUUCAUAUUUUUUUUAAACAAUCAUUUUGUAGGGGACUGUAGUGGUGAAAGCUAUAUUGUUGGACAUGUUUACACUAAAACGCUUGAGCAUAAAUCCUUUAGCAUUUCAAAGGAUGCACAAUCUUGAGUUCCUCAAAAUUAGAGGCUAUUCGUUUGCUGUGUGCCUUCCUCAUGGCCUUGAUUCUCUUCCUAACAAGUUAAGAUAUAUGGAUUGGAAACAUUACCCUUUGACAUAUUUGCCAUCAAAUUUUCAUAUGGAGAAUCUAGUUAGGCUCG